AGACGAGCGGCUACGGCCCGCACGCGCGCUGCGGCGGCGGCUUCCCUCCCAGCCUCCCCUCCCCUCCCCUCAGUCCCUUUCCCCUUCCCCACCCCGCCCCGCCGGCCGGGCCAGCGCUCGCGGUCGCCCGCCCUCGGCAACCGCCCCCAACGGCCGCCCGCGCGCAGCGGGCUUGGGCCCCUCGCUCCUCCUCUCGGGCCCGCGGGCGCCGGGCGCUCCCCUCGCGCCUCGCACUCUCACACCUCGCGGGCACGCGGGCGAGCGGCGCCGCCAUGCGCGCCCACUUCCAGGCUGCACACUGGCCUAGGCGCGGCGGCCCGAGAUAGGGUCUCCUGAGCCUCCCGGGGGAGGAGAGGAGCCAGCCGCGCGCUCCGCCCCCUCCCCCCCGGGUUGCCGGCGCCGCCGCCGCCACCACCGCCACCGCCACCGCCGCCACCGCCGCUGCCACCUCGCUGCCGCCGCCUCAGUCUGGCGGGGAGGAGGAGGAGGAGAAGGAGGAGUAACAGGCCUCCGGACCCCCGCACCGCCGGCCGCAGGACAUUUCUGAUUUAUUGCAUCCUUGAAGAGCCUCAGUCGUAGAGGAAGGAAAAAAAAAGAUGGGUGUGAAAACAUUUACUCACAGUUCCUCUUCCCACAGCCAGGAAAUGCUGGGAAAACUAAAUAUGCUACGAAAUGAUGGACAUUUUUGUGAUAUCACUAUUCGUGUUCAGGACAAAAUCUUCCGGGCUCAUAAGGUGGUACUAGCAGCUUGCAGUGAUUUCUUUCGAACAAAGCUUGUGGGCCAAGCAGAGGAUGAGAACAAAAAUGUGUUGGAUCUGCAUCAUGUUACAGUAACUGGCUUUAUACCUCUUUUAGAAUACGCUUACACAGCCACUCUGUCAAUUAACACAGAAAAUAUUAUUGAUGUUCUAGCCGCAGCCAGCUAUAUGCAAAUGUUUAGUGUUGCUAGUACCUGCUCAGAGUUCAUGAAAUCAAGUAUUUUGUGGAAUACACCUAAUAGCCAACCAGAAAAGGGUUUGGAUGCUGGACAAGAAAAUAGUUCCAACUGCAAUUUUACAUCUCGAGAUGGAAGUAUUUCUCCAGUGUCUUCGGAGUGCAGUGUUGUGGACAGGACCAUUCCUGUUUGCCGGGAAUCCCGAAGAAAACGCAAAAGCUACAUUGUUAUGUCUCCUGAGAGUCCUGUAAAAUGUAGCACACAAACAAGUUCACCCCAGGUAUUGAAUUCUUCAGCUUCCUAUGCAGAAAAUAGAAAUCAGCCAGUUGACUCUUCUUUAGCUUUUCCAUGGACUUUCCCUUUUGGAAUUGAUCGAAGGAUUCAGCCUGAGAAAGUGAAACAGGCAGAAAACACCCGGACUUUAGAAAUGCCUGGCCCAUCUGAGGCAGGCAGAAGAAUGACUGACUUUGUGACUUGUGAGAGCACAAAAACUACCUUGCCUCUAGGUACAGAAGAAGAUGUGCAGGUCAAAGUAGAAAGAUUAAGUGAUGAGGAGGUCCAUGAGGAAGUGUCCCAGCCUGUCAGUGCAUCUCAGAGCUCACUGAGUGAUCAGCAGACAGUGCCCGGAAGUGAACCAGUUCAAGAGGACCUUCUGAUUAGUCCACAGUCUUCCUCUAUAGGCUCAGUAGAUGAAGGAGUUACCGAGGGGUUGCCUACACUGCAAAGCACUUGUAGCACCAAUGCUCACGCAGACGAUGAUGACAGAUUGGAAAAUGUUCAGUAUCCCUACCAACUCUACAUUGCUCCUUCUACCAGCAGUACAGAACGACCAAGUCCAAAUGGUCCAGACAGACCUUUUCAAUGCCCAACCUGUGGGGUUCGAUUCACCCGUGUUCAGAACCUAAAACAGCACAUGCUUAUCCACUCAGGAAUUAAACCAUUUCAGUGUGACCGCUGUGGAAAAAAGUUCACCAGGGCGUACUCCCUAAAGAUGCAUCGCCUAAAGCAUGAAGGUAAACGCUGUUUCCGGUGCCAGAUAUGUAGUGCCACUUUCACUUCCUUCGGGGAAUAUAAACACCAUAUGAGGGUUUCCCGGCACAUUAUCCGCAAGCCUCGGAUUUAUGAGUGCAAAACAUGUGGCGCCAUGUUCACCAACUCUGGAAAUUUAAUCGUGCACCUGAGGAGUCUGAACCAUGAAGCAUCAGAGCUAGCAAACUACUUCCAGAGCAGUGAUUUCUUAGUGCCGGACUACUUAAACCAGGAGCAAGAAGAGACUCUUGUUCAGUAUGAUCUUGGAGAACACACUUUUGAAAGCAACUCUUCUGUUCAAAUGCCUGUGAUCUCGCAGGUCUCCUCCACCCAGAAUUGUGAAAGCUCUUUCCCCUUGGGGUCUCUUGGUGGGCUUGCAGAGAAAGAGGAGGGAGUGCAAGAGCAGCCAAAGACCAGUGCUCAUGCCGAGGCUCCCCGAGACGACCCCCCUAAGUCAGAGCUGUCUUCUAUAACUAUCGAGUAAUUCUGUGAUUGGCCUCAGUUUUGGUUUUUGGAAAGUGCCUGUGCUUGGUCUUAACGUUUAAAUUUAAUUUUUUAAACACAGAAGGUUUCCCUUUGUAAGCCCUGAAAUUGGAGGGUUGCUUUGUUUUUUUCAUAGCUGAGAGAUUGCUUCUGUAUGUAUACAAUUAGGUAACAUUGAAACAGAACAUAGACUUUGAGAAUUAAGGAAAAGCAGCUGAUUUCAAACGUGGUGGUUCUUCCUCCCAUUGUUAAAAGUGGGUAGUAGCAGAUACAGAAGAAACCAGGCUGUUGACCUUCCUGAGAUGAGAGGCCUCAUGGGAAGUUACUACACAGAAUUUGACAAUGCCUAAGUAAAUGUUUACUCCUAGGUGCAGGGUGUUAUAGACCCUGUAGUUUUGGAAGUAUUUAUGGUAAUUUUUUUCCAAAUGAAGGCAAAUAACUUUUGAAAUCCAGCAUAUUCUUUUUUAAGCCAUUAAGGAUUUUCAUGGUGAAAAAUUGGUAUUGGGCAGGCUUUUCCUGUACCUUUAUAGUACCACUCCAAAGGCUAAGCAGUGUGAUUGAGAGGAGUCAGGCUGUUCAUGGAAUGGCCAGGGUGCAGAAUGAGGUAUGUAUACCCCAGCUUUAUAGGAAUUGUUUUAAUAAUGUUUUUCUUACUAGAAUGAAUGUUUACCUGGCCUUUGAAUACUGAUACCUGGCUAACUAGGACAUUGCCCAGAUAAGUGUCCUCUUGUCCCAUCAACAGUACUUUCACUUUCACUUGCAUAUACUAUUGUGCUGCCAUAUAAAGAAAAAUAUUGAAGAUAUUCUAUAUUUUAUAUAUAGGUUUAUGUAUUGUUGGGAUGUUUAUGCUGUGCUGUUUUGGACAAAAAUAAAAGAAUUCUGUUUUGAGGCUACAUUCUUAACCCAAUUAAGAUUGUUUACAAGAUCACAUAUGACAACAAUACAUUGUCCUUAUUCUAAAGUAUUUUGAAGUAUCGCCAAGUUUGUUAAAAGUGGUUAUAGUUUUCACAGGAUGUAAGCAAUAAUGUGGAAGGCAAGAAGUUGUAAAGUGAUCACCUGUGACUCAGAAACUGGAGGGGGUUGUUAAGACUAAAAACUAAAAGCUUUUGCUAGGCUACUUGUGAUGAAAUUUAUAUACUCUAGAUUGGGAUAUGCAUUUUUUUAAUCUGGUGCCAUUAAAGCCUCUUUGAUCUGGAAUAUUCAUGAGUUCAUGAAUAAUGAACUUUUGAGUAAUUUUUCUAUAUAGAAAAUCACCCCAAAGUUCAUCAUUAUGAUAGCUCCUGAUGGGGUUAGAAAAUAGAAACAACAUAGACUUUUGUUUGACUUUGGAUACUUUCUUUGUGACAGGAUCAUAUGUAUCCCAGGCUGACCCAGAACUCAUGAUCCUCUCGCCUCAGAGUCCCCCACAGCCCUUGGUAAUAUUAUAUAUUAUAGACACAUGUCGCCACACCCAGUUCAGACUUUAGUUCCUUUAGUCAAACACAUGAUCUGAAUUUUAUUCCAAUGCCAGACCUUACUUCUUUUUACAUUAUAGUAACUUGUUUCUUUAAAAUUUAUUAAUUCUAUAAUUUAAUUUCUCUCUUUGUCCAUGUUCUGCUACCUUCUAUGAUUUUCUUCUUAAUAUUGAGAUGUGAACCCAGAGCCUUAUACAUUAGGAGGACAUGAAUCUUCAUUGAGAUACAACCCUAGCCUUUAUUUUCACUUUUUCGUCUGACUGAUGAACUUACUUGUUCCCAAACAUAGGUGUAUGACUUUCAGAAAAAUCAACUAGAAAUGUCACAAUUUUUAUUUUACUGUCAUAUAUGAUCUUUAAAACUGUGCCUACUAAUAAAUAAAUUCUAAAACUUGUUAGAAUCCUCUUUUAGUAUGGUAAAGACUAGGUUAAAUUAUGAUCAGGAAUUAUGUUUUUGGUUUCAAGUUUUGUUUGGUUAAGAGUCAGAAAAAAAAGAAAAGAAAGAAAUAAUCAGAGAUGAACUGUUAAAAGAAUUCUUUUUGGAUUUCUUGAUUGAAAGUGUUUCAGUCUACCCUAUCCUGAGAAUUCUUGAGUUAGGACAUCCCUGGUAGCCCCCUGUGAAGGACACUCCUCACUCUGGGAAUGAGAGAUUUGAAUAUACCUUGAAAAUACAUAUGGUUAGUUGCCUUUUUCUUUUCCAAUGAGACUCCACAUUUUUGAGGACAUUUUGUUUAUGGGUCUGUUAUAGGAAACACAACUGCAAGAGAUAACUGUAUAUAGAAACAUUUAAGGUUUAUUUGAAGUUGAUUUGAGAGAGGAAUGCCUAGAUGUAUACUUUUCACCAGAAUAUAUGGAAGACAUGUGAAGAGAUGAAAGCCAGUCUAUGAUCCCUUCUAUAGAAGGUAACUAAAAAGAAAGGCAUACUUGUUUAGAAUUUUUAAGGGUAACUAUCUUUUGUAAGGCCUAAGAGGGUAACUUUGUGAUAUUUAAAGGGCUUAAGUUUUGGAAUGCAGGAUAAAUUACUUUUUAAAAAAGCUAAGCAUUUUAUACAAGAAAAGCUUUUGUUUUCAGGUUUUUCCCAGCUACCAAAUAGAUAGGAUGUGCUUUAGAAAUAAGGUUCUUGCCAUGAUGUUAGGUCUAAUUCUUCUUGUCACACUUUGCAUUUCCAAAUUCUGGCCUUGGUAGCAUCAUGCCAGUUUUUGUUCUGAUGCAAAGACAAAGUUGACAAUGGCUUUUACUUUCUGUAUUUUAAUUUUCAAGAAAUGGAUGUAGACAAAUGUUGCUAUCCACAAAUGGAUUUCAAUGAAUUUCUCUUAAUUGGCCAUUUUAAAUAAUGCCAAUUUUUUAUUUCAGUUAAUUACAGUUCAUUUUAUUGCUAGGUUUUGAUUUGGAGGAGUGGGGUUUCUUUUUUGUUUCGGUGUUUGGUUUUAAGUUCACAAUUUUGUUAAAACAAAAUGACCUAAAAUGUUUAAAUGGCCUCAUUUGUGUCUUAUGGUUGAACAUUCUUACUCCCUUAAAUAGGUUCCAUGUUAAGGUACAUGCCAUGUGUUAUUAAAGACCAACAAACAAAAAAUACUUGUAUUUUGUUAAAAUGUUUUAAGAAAUAAGAGUGAAGUAGUCAAUGCCUCUGAUGCGCUGAGUUACUGGUAACCCAGUUACUUUCUAAACUGCUGAGCCAGGCUCUCCUGUUCUAGAAGCUGAUCCUAUUCCUUUGGAAGCUAAAUUAAGUCUUUCAUUCCUUUAAAAAACAAAAACAAAUCAUCUCCUGUUUUAUUCUUUUAAUCUAACAGGAACCGCUUCAGCACUUAGUGACUUUUGUGUAGGUUUUCAGACUGUGAUUUUAGUCUGUUAGCUUUGAAUUUCCUAUAAGGUACAUUGCCAUACAGGGUUAUGGUAGAUGGCAAUACUCUACUAGUAUCACAGAGAAUUGUUUCUUACCAUGAGUGAACAGUCCUGAUACUGUACUGAAGAGAUUUUGAUUUGAGAAAGUAAUGAACAGGCAGAUUGGAAACUUCCAUUGGCACUGCAUCACUCAUCUGCAAAAAGGGCCGUAAAACUCUGAAGUAUACAUCUAAGUGAAGGAAUGAUUUAUGAUUUCUUAACUAUAGGCAGGGGAAGGAAUUAGGAAAGCUUGAAUACAGAGCAAAAGGUACAGGAGGAAAAUGAGUUUUCACGGUAAGUUGUUGACAUCAGAUGGUUUUUUUGUAUUUUGAUAGUUACUAAGAGAAUGUGUAGAAGCCAAAAGGCAGUGGAACAAAGCUAAGGGAACGGAUAGACUGGAUCAUGGUAACAUAACUCUGGAAUAUUUAUAACUAAACACGGGUUUUAAAUAAGAUCAUCAAAAUUAAUAUUCCUUAUUUUGCUUAUACUAGUAUUUAUCUCUAAGUGUCUUUUUUGACAGAAUGUGGUGACAUGAAAUUUUUUUAUUUGAAAAAUACUCUGCAAAACAAAUUUGCCAAAAUGGCAAUGGUUCAGAUAAACAGUGAAGUGGAACUGAGCCAGUCCUCAUUCAAACUGGAAAUAGGUGAGGGGUGUCUCAUUCUGGAUUAUACGUAGAUUAAGAUAUUUGCUGUGACCCAGAAAAGUUGAACUGUGUUGAACAGGGGAUAGUACCAGCUGCCACCAGGAGUUACACUUUUUAUCUAUUAAUUUACACUAAGUUGAUAAGUUAGGUGUUUCCCCUAUAGCAUAAUUCUGUUUUUGGAAAUAGUCACUGUAGAAAUUUCAGUGCAUUGGAACCUUGGCUUUGGCAGUGUCUGAGCAGCAAAUGCUACUUCACGUGUUUUCUGCUCCCUCCGAGGUAAGACCCAGGCCAGUGCCAGCGAGCCCCAGGCUUCUUGUGCACAAAACAGUCUACAAAGAACUUAGUUCAGAUCAUGGUUAAAAACGUUAAAAUUAAUAUUUUUGUUAAUUAAAAGUUAAAAUACAGUUAAAUGACUUUAUUUUAGUUUGAAGUGCCUAGUUUAUAAAGUCAAAUGCUUUCUUUCUCUUGUAAGUUAACCAGCUUUGCUAAGCCUAAAGCUCAGUUGUGAUGACCUUACUAGACUCCUUGUUUUCUCAAAUACCAGUCUGAUCAUACCUAGAGCUUGGAAGGGUCAGUGAACGGUGGUUACGUUACCAGGUUCCAUCACCUGCUGAGGAGUUGGCCUCCCUAGCUAGGGGAAGUGUUUUGUGUCUUCAGGAUGGGGAAGCUCUUUUUGUAGUCCUCGUUUCCAGAGAGGGCCUUUUCUGUGAUUAGUGUGGGAGUGCACUUUCUCCAAUCAUUUCAUUUUAGGUAGCAGUUUUCAAGUUAACAGAUGUCAUGGAAAAUUUCAUACUGAGAGUGCAUUGCAGUUUUGAAAGUUGUGCUGCUUUUCUGCUCCCUGGAGUGAGAGCAUCCAUCGGGUAUUUAGAAGUGAGAUCAUAAACUUGGUUGUUUUGCUUAUACAAAAUGAUAGCUUCUGAUGCUUAUAGUUGAAGAUAUUGUUUAAAGAAACAGCAGUUGCUGAUGGGUAAAAUUUGGUUUUGACCCAAGUUCCAGUGAUGUAUUUAGUUUGCUGAUACUGGUGUCUCCUGUUGCAUCAGCUAGAUUUUGCCUGCCUUUGUUAGGCACCCUUGUGGCACCUUGUGUUCACCUUGGAGGAUGGUAUGUGGCCUCUUGAUGCCUCUACUGUCUUUUCAAAGCCAUUUUAUAAAAAUCUUAGGUAGCCUAUUUUAAUAUUUAAAUAUAUAUAUUUGUGAAAGAUACUUUUAGAACAGACUUUUUUUUAACAUUAAAAUUCCUGUAUUCCCAUUUUUAAGAGUAAACUAAAGCUUUUCCAGGCUUAGGAAGUAUCUUUUCAGAACCAUAAUAAGAAAGUCAAAUAGAUUGAAGUAAUGAACUGGAGAGUUCAAUGGUAGGGGAAAAAGAUGUUGGUUGAGGGGAGACAGUUUUAAAGGUGGAAACAAUUGCUUUGAUGUAACAAAUUUUUAAAAUAAAAUUAUGGUUUUAUUUCUGUAAUUUCAUAUUUGCUGCUACAGUAGCUCACUAUUUUACAGGGCUAAUAUAGAAAUCUGGCCCCAUUUAAAAACUGGGGUCCUUUCUAAUGCAGGCAGCCUAGAGAGAGACUGCAUCAGUCUGCCAGACGGUGACCGAGCGUUCCGUGAGGCUGCUGCAUGCUUUAAUAUUUGCCUGUAGCUGGCAGCACAGGUCAGGGAAGCUUCCUACCCUGCCAGCUAGAGCAGCGUGACCCUUGAGGAACUGGCAUCUGUGAAACAGGCCAGAGAGGGGACUUGUGCAGAAACGCUGGUUCGGUCAGGUGGAUGGGCGUCUCCAUGUCCUCUUCCCUCUCCUAGGACAGCACGACUCUCCACGGUGCCAGUCCCAGUUCACCAGCCGUGUACCAGCCGUCGUCAUCUCAUCAAGUGUAGCUUUACUUGGUGACAGUGGCCAUAGCUAAACUACUUGGCAUGUUUGACUUCCUAUAAUAUCAAAAUGGUCUUAAAUUUUGUUUUGUUUGAUUUCCUUAAAAAAUGUAUACGGUGUCAUAACUUCACAUUUUAUAUACUAGUAUCUGGCUAUUAGUAUUUUACAGAAACCAUGGUCCUUGGUAACUACAUAUAUAUAUAUAUAUAUAUAUUUUUGUGACUUUUGUAAACUAAGUGCCGUUUCAAUGUUACAAUCAUUUUUAGAGUUAUUGUAAUCAAUGUGAAUAUCAUGUCUUUUCAAAUCUGUUCUGAGCCUAGUGUUUGCUUUGUGACAUAAUGUGUAUUGUAUAUAUUCUGUAUAGUUAAUACUGUACUGAAAUUAGCUUGUUUGAUAUGAGAAAAGUAUGUAUUGAGUACCUUUUUGCUAGCCUGAUUGCUUAAUCUUUUUUUAAAAAGAUUUAAACUUUUGUUUUUUAAAUCUUUAAACUGACCUUUAUUACGUGGUCACAAAUAAGUUACAGUUAGAAGGGAUGGACAGGGAUAAAGUUAGUCUUGAGUGUCUUUGGAUAGAAACAUGAGACUAAGAUUUGUUUUUGUUUUUCCUCAUUAAAAUAUCUUACUGGUGUUUUAUGAAA